CUUGCCUCAGCAUCUCUGCUCUCACGCCUCCACACACCAACACCACCAAAAUGGCCUUCGCUGGAAAAUGGGAAACUGAGGCCCAGGAGGGAUAUGACGCUUUCUGCAAGCUGCUUGGUAUCCCGGAUGAUGUCAUUGAGAAGGGCCGCGACUACAAGCUGAUCACAGAAGUCACCCAGGACGGCGAUAACUUCUCCUGGACCCAGAUCUACCCCACAAACGCCAAGGUCACCAACACGUUCACCAUUGGCAAGGAGUGCGACAUGGAGACCAUCGGAGGAAAGAAAUUCAAGGCCACAGUGCACAUGGAGGGAGGCAAGCUGAGCGUGACCUUCCCCAACUACCACCACACCUCUGAGAUCAGCGGAGGCAAGCUCAUCGAGACCUCCAAAGCCGGCUCUGUAGUGCUGAAGAGAACCAGCAAGAAGAUCUAACUGCUGACUGGCCUUUGACCUCUUAAACAGUUACAAUGGAGACCUCAGCUACUACUGCGAAUAAUAAA